UUGACGCUGGGAGCCGCAAAGCCCGAGCAAGCCCCUGCAGGACGCGUCAGGGCACCGCCUCCCGGCGACUCCGCGGCUUCCGCCGCCUCUCCCUCGGGCAGGUUGCCUGCCUCUAAGUUGGAAUCAGCUUGCACUACUAGAAGUGAAGUUGACAGUGAAUUUUGAGGUUAGCUGCCCGACUUCUCUAACUGAGCGUGUUGAAGGUGACUCUUUCUUAAGAGGUUCUACAGUUACAUGUUUUCAUGAAGAGAAGUGAGAAACCAGAAGGAUAUAGACAGAUGAGGCCUAAAACUUUUCCUGCCAGUAAUUACACUGGCAGCAGACGGCAAAUGUUGCAAGAAAUACGAGAGAGCCUUAGGAAUUUGCCGAAGCCUUCGGAGGCCGCAAAAGCAGAGCAAACUGGGGGUAAAAUAUCAAGUGAAGAUCCCAGGCAAGGGCGAAAUCCCCCUAAGUUUGUCACCUACCAUAAAGCUUUGCAGGAAAUACGCAAUUCUCUUCUUCCCUUUGCAAAUGAAGCAAGUUCUUCACUAAGAGGAACAUCGGAAGUUAAUCGACAGAUGCUGCAAGAUCUACAGGCUGCGGGCUUUGAUGAGGAUAUGGUUGUACAAGCUCUAAUGCAUACCAAAAGCCGCAGCAUAGAAGCGGCCAUUGAAUUUAUCAGCAAAAUAAGCUACCAGGAUCUUCGACGGGAACAAAUGGCAGCAGCUGCUGCUAGACCAAUUAACGCAGGUUCAAAACAGCCAGCAGGGGGUGCACAGCAAUCGGUUAGCCGCAGACAGAGCUGGAAGGGUUCUAAGGAAUCCUUGGUGCCCCAGAGACAUGGUCCUGCACUGGGAGAUGGCCUAACUUUCCACUCAGAAAGUCCUAUGCCUCAGGCUGACGUAGGAAGACCCUUGUCUGGUUCUGGAAUAGCAGCAUUUGCCCAGGCUCCUCCUGGCAACGGGCAACGAGCGAAUCCACCACCUCCACCUCAAGUAAGGAGCGUUACCCCUCCUCCUCCACCCCCUAGAGGGCAGACUCCACCCCCCAGAGGAACAACUCCUCCCCCUUCUUCCUGGGAAACAAAUUCUCAAACCAAACGUUAUUCUGGUAGCAUGGAAUAUAUGAUCUCUCGCAUUUCUCCAGUACCGCCAGGAGCAUGGCAGGAUGGCUAUCCUCCCCCCCCUGUGAACCCAUCGCCUAUGAAUCCUCCUGCACAGGGACAAAGAGGCAUUAGUUCUGUUCCUGUUGGCAGGCAGCCAAUAAUCAUGCAGAAUUCAGUUAACAGCAAACUUAGUUUUUCCUCUGGCAGGGCUGGAAUACAAAAUGGCAAUUGUCAGACCGAUUAUAUUGUUCAUCAAAAUAUCGUGCCUGCUAACUCAGCAAAUCGUCAAGCUCCGCCUCCUUACCCCAUGUCUCCAGCUAACCGGCAGAGCCCUACAGCUUUGCAAAUGCAAGCAGGAGGAUCUGUGGUCCCUUCAGCUUACCCUAAUGGAAACAUUCCUCAGUCUGUGAUGGUGCCGAACAGAAACAGCUACAAUAUGGAGCUGUACAACGUCAAUAUUCCUGGAAUUCCAACAUCGUGGCCCCAGUCCUCACCUGGCAAUGGACAUGAAGUCUCAGCAUGGCAACCAAAUAUUCCAGUAAGGUCAAAUUCCUUUAAUAAUCCCCUCGGAAAUAGACAGAGUCACACUACCAGUUCACAACCUUCAGCCACCACAGUAACUGCUGUCACUCCUGCUCCUAUCCAACAGCCAGUAAAAAGCAUGCGUGUGUUGAAACCAGAACUGCAGACUGCCUUAGCUCCUACUCACCCCUCUUGGAUGCCGCAAGCAGUCCAGCCCAUCUCCUUUCCCGAGGGACCGUGCAGUGGUAUGACUGUUAUGUCACCUGCAGCAGAGGCUCCAAAUUAUCAAGGUCCACCGCCUCCUUACCCAAAACACUUACUACACCCCAGUCCAUCUGUCACUUCCUACGAAUCUGUGGCAAAAGCUAGCAAAGAGGAUCAGCUCAGCUUGCCUAAGGAAGAAGAGAGUGAAAGGAAUGAGAGCAGUGAGGGAACCGAUAGAGACAAGAAGCUAAUCACAACCUCGCCUGUCCCUGUGAGGAAGAUCAAGAGAGAUGAAGAAAGGAGGGAGUCCCGCAUUCAGAGUUACUCUCCUCAGGCUUUUAAAUUCUUUAUGGAGCAGCAUGUGGAAAACAUACUCAAGUCUCAUCAACAGCGACUGCAUCGUAAGAAACAGCUAGAAAAUGAAAUGAUGCGGGUUGGGUUGUCCCAAGAAGCCCAGGAUCAAAUGAGGAAAAUGCUAUGCCAAAAGGAGUCCAACUACAUCCGUCUCAAAAGAGCUAAAAUGGAUAAAUCAAUGUUUGUUAAGAUUAAGACCCUUGGAAUUGGGGCAUUUGGAGAGGUCUGCUUAGCAAGAAAGGUGGAUACAAAUGCCUUAUAUGCAACAAAAACCCUACGCAAAAAGGACGUGCUGCUUCGGAACCAGGUUGCUCAUGUUAAAGCUGAACGGGAUAUCCUUGCAGAGGCUGACAAUGAGUGGGUAGUUCGAUUAUACUAUUCAUUCCAAGAUAAGGACAAUUUGUACUUCGUAAUGGACUAUAUUCCGGGAGGAGAUAUGAUGAGCCUGUUAAUUCGAAUGGGUGUUUUCCCAGAGAAUAUGGCCCGCUUCUACAUAGCAGAACUGACCUGUGCAGUUGAAAGCGUGCAUAAGAUGGGCUUCAUCCACAGGGACAUAAAACCUGAUAACAUUCUGAUUGAUCGUGAUGGCCACAUCAAAUUGACUGACUUUGGCCUUUGUACUGGCUUUCGAUGGACACAUGAUUCCAAAUACUACCAGAGCGGUGACCACCCACGUCAGGACAGCAUGGAUUUCAGUAACGAAUGGGGAGAUCCAGCAAACUGUAGGUGUGGAGACAGGCUAAAGCCACUUGAACGUAGAGCAGCACGCCAGCACCAGCGCUGUCUGGCACACUCACUGGUUGGGACACCCAAUUACAUUGCACCCGAAGUAUUGUUACGAACAGGUUAUACGCAGCUAUGUGACUGGUGGAGUGUUGGAGUGAUUCUUUUUGAAAUGCUGGUGGGACAGCCUCCCUUCCUGGCGCAUACACCAUUAGAAACACAGAUGAAGGUCAUCAAUUGGAAAACUUCUCUGCACAUCCCGCUACAAGCAAAACUAUCGCCAGAAGCAUCUGACCUUAUUAUUAAGCUUUGCCGAGGUCCGGAAGAUCGCUUAGGCAAGAACGGGGCAGAUGAAAUAAAAGCGCAUCCUUUUUUUAAGUCUAUUGAUUUUUCAAGUGAUCUGUGGCAGCAGCCAGCUUCUUACAUUCCUAAAAUUACUCAUCCCACAGACACGUCAAAUUUUGAUCCCGUUGACCCAGAUAAAUUGUGGAGUGAGGAUAAGGAAGGAAAUGUAAAUGACACACUUAAUGGGUGGUAUAAAAAUGGUAAACAUCCCGAACAUGCUUUCUAUGAAUUUACAUUUCGAAGGUUUUUUGAUGACAAUGGCUACCCUUAUAGCUAUCCGAAGCCUAUUGAAUAUGAAUAUGGUAAUCCUAACGACGUGGAGUCUCAGUCAGAUGAAGACGAUGAGAGGACCAGCAAAGAGAUCCAGAAUCGUGAUCUAGUUUAUAUUUAGUAGAAAAAGUAAACCCAGGUGAACCACUGUUUGGGAUUUCUCAGAUGUGUGUGGCAAGAGAAGCUGAGAUGUUACCAGCAAGCUGGGUUUUAUGGACAAGGGGCAGGGGGAGAGGGGAAAGGAGACUAUCAUUGUUGGUUCACCACUUUUUUCCUUCUACCUUUUCUCCCCUUUACGAAGCAGUUAAAUCUAUUUCAAGCAUUAAUUUAUUCCAGCAUUCUUCGUGAUAAAUAUAGAAAACAAUAAUGUUAGGAAAAUAAAUUAUGAAAAAGCUUUUUGUAAAAUAUUCAGACUAGGAAAUAGGGGUGUGUCUGUUUGUUUGUCUAUCUGUCUGUACAUAGAAGACAUAUGUUAACAUUUUCUAGAAUUUUACGCUGACAUUUUUUUUCCUUGUCGUAUAUACUCUGUGCUUACAAAGUUGGCAGACGCUUUUUUUUUGCUACUCUUAGUGCUCAGGUCCCACUACAGAUGAGCCUGGAAAGAGUAAAUCCUGCUAGGAAUUCCCAGAUACAGUUGUAACUGCAGGGUUUAUGACUCUGGAAGUAGGAGGCCUAGGUCUCGGUUCUUGUGACCGUAAAUGUUGAUGAAGACAUACACGUUUAUUUAUUUUUAUUCUUUUUAAUUUUGCUGGACAAUUUGUAAAGCAUAACUGGAUUGAUGGUGCUAUGCAAUAAUGCAGAAUUGAGGCUGAUCGGGGGUUUGUGUUUGAAGAGCAAUAUUGGCCUAUCACCAAAUAUCAGCCUAAAUAAAUUAAGGGUUUUUUUUAAAAAAAAUUCUUGUAUCCUCAAGAUUUUUUAGAAAAAGUUUUGAAAGUGCUCUGGGUUCUGCAAUACUUUGUUAAUAAGAAGACUCUUAACCCAUCACAACAUUAGCCAGUGAGAUGUGCUCUAGGCUGUCAGUUCUUCUGCUGUUACUUUCCGGGUGCUUUAGCAUUCCGACCAAUCGGUUUGUUGUUUUAACAUAAUGUGCAUCUUACCCCUUUCUCCCGGAUUAAUUAAUGAUUGAAAUGAACUCAUACCUAAUGAGGGAUAAUGGUCGUGUAGGCUGGUUCUGUGAAAAUUCGCUGGUGUCUCUUUGUGUAUCGUCAUCGUUAUCAUAAGAGGUUAAAUACUGUUUUCUGUGUUGUUCUUGCUUUUACAUCAGCCUCCACCUCAUGUGUUUCCUGUGUUCUUAACGGUUGGUGCAUCCAUUAAGAGUUACAACUCUUUUUAUGAGCUGCCCCGUCAAAUCCAAAUGUCAUUGCUUUGCUGUUCUGUGUGUAUAUACAUAAACUAGUAGUCCUGCUUCUCCAGAAUCAACCGUCUCGACAGCCUGAGCUCGCUCUCAUACCAGUGUUUAAGGCUUUGUAUAUGCUCUGUCAUGGUGAUUUGUUCUGAAAUAUUUUGACACGGAGAACUUUCCUCUUCUUUCCCCAAGCGGUGUUUAUUCUUUGUCAAAAAAUAAUUAUUCGCUACUACACUUAAUGCCUUUUCCUCCGCAAAGACCCAGGCAAGUUAGGGAGCCAGCGGUAGAACUGCAUCAUAUCCCUUCAGACCAUUCUCUGAACUGCCUGUUAUGCAUGCUUACUAUGAAGUAAUUCCCGCAGUUUUCUGUGGAUCUUAUUCCCAGGUAAGCAUGCACAGAGUUGCUGCCUUGCUCUCUAAAUCCUUUGCAUUAAUAUUAGUAGAACGUGUCAGAAGCGUGUGUCUGUCUUCCAGAAAGUAAUUCCACCACAUUUACCGUUAUGAUCCGGUCCUCUUUUCAGUGCAAGUCCUAUAUGUGAUAGGUGCAGGGGAGAGCUUCCAGCCGCUCCACCAGGUGUAGAGGUUUCACUGGGAACCAGGGCAUGCGUGAGAGCCAGUGUGGUGGUAGUGGUUAGGGUGUGGGGUCUAGGAUCUGGGAGACUCGGGUUCAAAUCCCCAUUCUGCCAUGGAAGCUCACUGGGUGGCCUUGGGCCCCUCACAUACUUUCAUCCUAACCUAUCUCACAGGGUUGUUGUGAGGAGGAGAGGAGAAUGAUGUACGCCAUUUGGGGUCCCCAUUGGGGAGAAAGGUAAGGUAUAAGAGCUGUAAAAUAAAAUAAAUAAAUUAUACUGAGAGUUCUGCCUGUUCCCUGCCACAUACAGGACCCGUGUGUAAUUUAAGGGUUGAGGAGGAGGAUGCCCUGUAGAAUUACAUCAGCUUCUGAGACUUGUUUCUGUAAAGCAGAUUGAGGGCAGGGUGUCCUUUGUUUAAUAUUAAUGGGAGAUUUAUUUUCUGUAUUUGUCCUGCAAAAAUACUGUGAUAAAUUCCUGAUUAAAACCAAAUAAAUUUAAUCUGUUGUUUUUGGUAAGUACAUAUGUGAAAUUGCUUGUCAGAUUUGAAAUCAACAUUUUGUUCGUCUAAACUCAUUGGGUGCAAUUCAGAGAAAGUUGACCAUUCUUUGGAUUGAGAGAAGUAUGUUGUAUGGGCACGGAUAAGCAGCUAAGGACCGUUAAUUGUCCAUGUGACUAUAUGUCUCCCUGGAUUAUUUCCAUCACGUUUUUCAGUUGUCGAGAGAUGCUACAGAGGAACACGUUCAUAUUAGUAAUGAUAGCAGUGUUCACAAUGGUGUAUCCCAAAUUAACUGUUAAGAAAGAUACUUAUAUGCAGAGGAAUCAUGUCAACUCUGCCAGUUUUGAAACAAUUCAGAAAUAAAAUUCGGUCUUGCUUAUUUAAGUGGAGAUCUCUGGCCAGACUGGGUUUAUUGCAAAGUAGUCUUAAGAGCGGAUCCCCAGAUAUGUUGGAGAUUGCUCAGAGUGCGUUUUUUGGUCCUGUUCAUUGAUCUUGCAGUACGUGCAAAUAUAGAAUGAUCUCUGUAACGGGGCUGCUUUUUAAUUAACAGGAAAUACCAUUUCGGAAUAAAUGGUUUUCACUUAAGCAUCUCAAAGCUUUAAUCUUCUACAUACCUACAUAUGUUCUGUAGUUAUGAAAUAUUUUGGAAUCAUGUGAAUACUUUAGUAUUUGCUUACAUUCCAUGCUAGGGCAGGCCCUCUUGCUGGAUCUUUUGAAACAGAACCUAUAGAAUAUGGGACUGAAACACCCCCACCCACAUCCCCACACCCUUUUGGAGAUUUUUCUUAAAACAUCUACUGUAGCAAAGUCCAAUGCCGUGAUGGCGUUGUGGAUAUUAUACAUCUGCUAGGUAGAGAAUGCAAUGGGUGGGAUCCCGGAUGCUGCUGUGGUGGUUACCCAAGAUCUCAGUUGACUUUCGGCUGCAACUAUCUUUUGGUAUUGGAAUUGAGACAUUAAUAUUUGCUUUAAAGCAAGCAAAGCAAACUGAGGGUAUUUUGCAGCCAACGUUUAACAGUACUUCUUUGGAGCAUCUUUAGAUACCCACCUAUAAAAGUCUACUUUUGUAUUCCUUUUUGUAUAUAUGCCUUUUAUAUUGUAACGGCAAUGCGGAUAAACACCACAUUUUUAUAAAAACAAAGUGUUACUCAAGAUACGUGCCUGUUUCUGCGUGUAGUAAUUAUUUGGUAAAUCCUUCUUGUGGAUCUUUUUCCACUCUUCAAAGCAGUUUUCUCUAGUGUGCCUUUUGAUGGAACAAUAAAUUUUAAGUUCAGUGAAUGUGCUGCUGGUCAAAUAGAAAAUGAUGUAGAUGAAAAAUGUUUGUUUGUUUGGAUCCUCCUGUCGGUAAAUUGGAAUGCUCGCUUAAUCUUAUGCUGUAUUUCUCCUGUUUUGUAAUUUAAAAAGGGAGAUUCCCAUAGGUUUAUAGGACAACUUGGUUGUCUCCUAAGGAUAACAAUCAUUGUAUUUUUUUAUACUGAGCUUUCUUCCCCAAUGAUGAAUCUGUAACUCAUUUUAAGCAAAAUUCCAGCUGGGCUGGCACUGUAGAACACAGCAGUGCAGACGGUUCAGUGAGUUGACGGUAUAGCCACAGCUGCUUGGACACAGACAACACUGAGCACUGUCGUGUGUUUUGGCCUGUUCAAGCUCGGCUCUGCCAUGAAUAAAGCUAUUCCACAGAA